AUGGAAUUCACGAACACGCCGUGGUUGCAGCAACCGAUCCCGGACCUGCCGCACCAUGUCGCGCCCGACGGGCACACAGCGAACGACGACUGGAAGGACCCGUCCUCGAGCGCGUCGGUGGGGUCGGGGGCGGCCAUGGACCUGAGCGACUUUUUGGGUGAUCUGUCGGUGCCGUCCUCUUCCUCAGGCUCAAACGCAGCAUCGUCAAACACCCCGUUCUACACCUUCGGCAACGGCUUCUAUCCGCACAACGCUCCUGGACCCUACAACGCAGUCGCCUACGGUACACCGCAAUGGAACAGCAGCCCGUCCCCCCAGCUCCCUCUCUCCAGUUACUCGUCUCUCAACGGUGCCACAAGCGCAUCGCCGUCAGGCCAGCAACAGCCAGGGUCGGCGUCAUCCUCGGGUAUGAUGAUUGACCCCGCUCUGACCACCAUGAACGGCGCGGGCUCGUCACCGCCUCAACAAUUUCAGCAUUCGCAACAACCGUUCAUCUCUUUUCAGUCACUGUCGCAACCUCAGCAACGGAAUCAGUAUCAAUAUCAGCACCAAACUCAGCAACCUAGUUUCACUAUUAAUUCACCUUAUGUUCAUACUACCUCUGCGCACUUUCAACAACCACCUGUAUCACGACCAGCAUCACAUCAACAACAGCAUCUUCAACCGCAAGCACAGGCACAGCAAAUACAGCAGCAAGGCACUCUUUCUCCGUAUGUUCUUCAUGCCUCCUCAAGUACCCUCUUGGGCGCGCUGCCCCCCUCGUCGUUUUACGGAUCACCCGUACCGACGCCAACACCGAAGGCUGCAACGCCCACUCUUGAACAGCGCAAGGCUGCGUUCCAAACGGCCAUCAAGCCUCUUUUGGCGCCGACUUCGUUCACGGGAGCAGGUGCCGUUUCACAGCUGGCAGGCCAUAUUGACGAUUACGGCAUCUCGGAAGUGGAACCCUCGACAAGGAUGGAGAUCUUGACGAAGAUGAGAGACAACGCAGGCAACCACUACUUUCGAGCUUGGAUCGAGAACGAAGACGCGAUGGAUAUUACACGGGAGUGGCUGAAGUCUGCGUAUGCUGGCAAGGACGAUAUGGGGCUGUUAGAGACGAUUAUGCCAUUGCUACAUAUCAUCGAUCGCCUUCCGAUGACCGUCGAUAGUUUGAAGGUUUCCAAGCUUGGCAAGAUCAUCGUCCGGCUCGUCAAGGAUCCCCCUGCACCAGCACUCACUUUCUACCUGAAUACAACGCUUAAGAAACAUGUAUCUAACGCGGGGUUUGUUGGCGAAACAGCGAUCAAAGAUAUGGCGUCGAAUUUGGAACGUAAAUGGAGGCAGCUUCUAGCCUCCAGUCACGAGGAGUCGAAGCGGAUGGACGUUGACGAUGACCCGAAGAGCAAGAAGCGGAAGGCGGAGGCCGCGUCAGCGAAGGCCGCGCCCGCCUCGAAGAAGGCCGCUGUCUCGACUUCGGCUUCGACGAAGCCCGUCGCCGUCAAGAAAGAGGCAAAGUCAGUCGUCAAGGAGGUCAAGGACGCGAAGUCGGACUCGUCGUUCUUUUCUGCGCCGAAGCCGAAACCAAAGCUCCCAAGUUUCAAGAAAGCGCCUCCGCUGCCUCCUGUCAAAAGAGAGCCAGAUCUGAAUAUUGCGCAACCGUCGUCGUUCAAUCCGUUUGAGGAGGCGCUCAAGUCGAUGGCAAAGGCUCGUAAAGACUCGCCCGCCACCGCAACGCCGCCACCUCCACCUACCUCCGCACCUCCCAUGGUCGUAUUUCCAAGUGUGACUGCAUCUGGCAGGCCGAAAAAGCGGGUCACCUGGGCACCCGAUGGCGAGCUCGAGCGAAUAAAGCUCAUUGAGCGUGCGAUAUACGACGAUGAUCCUUCAGAUGGUUUGCUCUCGACGCACAACAUCCGUGACCUUGACCGAGACGAGGGUGCCGCGUUACACGCGCAUCUUUUCGAGGAACAGAUCGAAUGGUCCGAACCAAUGCCGAUGGCAAUGCCUCCGGAAAUCGACGUCCGCCCAAGAGGGGAAGAGAGUCAAGAGAAGGCCACGCAAGAGGAGCGCGAGCAAGGAGCGUUGGUCGCUCUUUACGUGUCCGAAGCACAAAUACCGGCGAGUCCGGAUGAGCUACCGACGCAGCUCAUGGAGGAGCAGACUGACGAGGGUGUCAAGGUAAUGCUGACGGGUCCUGAUGUCGACGCUAUCUUCUGGACUGCGGGGGCACCAGCGGCUGUCGAGCCACCAAAACAGUCUGUAGCGGAGCUGGUAGGGCAGCUCGCUGCUGCGAGCGGGGGCGAAGCGUUCGCAGGGAGUACAUCAGCUGGUGCACCACCACAGUCGGAUUCCAAACCAUUCGGACUGGAUACGAAUGUCAUUCAGGCGUUGCCUGGCAUGUCGAACAUGAAUCCGGAGCAGUUGCAGCAGCUCUUCCAAUCUCUGAGUCAGAACCAAAGCGGCAUCUUCCAGCCGCAGGCCCCCGGACAGCCCGCUCCGAGCGCCGACUGGAACGCCGGCCGGUACCCACCUGAUUCGACAACGGUGGCGGGGGCUACCACGACGAAGGCCCGCAUGAUCGUCGGCACCCGGAAGGUGGCUGGCCCGAGCGGGGAGGCAGUCGCGGGGGGCAUCGGGGGCGGGGCAGAGGCCGUGGGCGUGGAGGCGAGCCGUACAGAAAUAAUAAACGACGCCCGUGCAGUUUCUUUGCAGCAGGAAGGCGAGCGCCCAUUCUACACGACGUCUAUAACGGGUAAACUGACGCCCGUGAUGCUUCGCACAGAUGCAAGUAUGGAGAUCAAUGCGACUUCAGCAAUACAUGUUUCCACCGUCGCCUUCCAGCUGGACUUGUGA